UCAACAAUUAAAAUGAAAAUGUGAAAGUAAGAGAAAUUUCUAGGAGCCUAAGGUCUUUGAACAACUACAGGUAUCCGCUGGAUAAAAUAAGCUGACAAUGGGAGUGUAUGAGAAUGAGUCUGAUGUCUGUUUGUCUGUUGAUAUUUCCAUAAAGCAUUAUUACCUUCCUGUCAUGUAUGGGAUUAUAUUUUUGGUUGGAUGCACUGGAAAUCUCAUGGCCAUCCUAAUCUACGUGAUCAAGCUGAGGCCUUGGAAGAGCGGGACCAUCAUCAUGGUGAACCUAGCAGUAGCUGACUUGCUGUAUGCCCUUAGCUUACCUUUCCUUGUUUGUUUCUACAUCACCGGGAAUUGGAUGCUGGGUGAGUUCAUGUGUCGCUUCCUCCGCUUCUGCUUUCACUUUAACCUGUAUGGAAGCAUACUCUCCCUUACCUGCCUCAGCGUCUUCCGUUAUAUAGUGGUGGUUCACCCUCUGCGAGCAACUCAGGUCCAGAGGGCGUGCUGGGGUGUCUCUGCAUGCAUCAUCAUCUGGGUUGUCUCCCUGCUGGAGAUCGGUCCAAUGCUCACCAUGAUCAUGACCCAGAAAGAUGGGAACACCACAGACUGUUUGGACUUUGCCAGCAAUGACCCAAAGACGGUGUGGUGGUAUGGCUGGCUACUGACUGUGCUGGGCUACUUGCUGCCCCUAGUUGUGGUGUGUUGGUGCUACAUGCAUAUCAGAGGUGCACUAUACAAAAGCCUUUCAGCCUCUAGGCCUAGUCGGAUGCGAGCCCACAGACUAACAGUGAUGAUCUUAGCUGUGUUUGUCAUGUGUUUCCUGCCCUAUCACAUACUGAGGCUGCUGAGAGUGGGCAGUCUGCGGUGCAAUGAGACAUCCUGUUUGCAAAAGAAAAUCAUCAAUGAUGCCUACACGCUGUCAAGGCCCUUGGCAGGCCUUAACACCUUCUUCAAUCUGGCACUCUUCACCUUGGCUGGAGACAAGUUCCAGCAGGCUUUCUACAGCCUGAUUUUCAGAAGGAAACCCACCAUCAGCAAGGUGGCUGUGAUCUGCUAAAGCUCUAAAAAUAGGCUCCUCUGGACUUUUUCAACAUUGUAUAGCUGUAAA